ACCAGAGAGGUUACGAACUACUAACAAAAAAAUUAGUUUUAAAAUGGCAACAUUAACUUCUAAUUCAUUCUCAAUCUCCCCAAAUCCAAUUUUGGUCUUCAUUUAAUUGUCAUCUCCACCUGAUACUAAAAUGUCAGUCAACGUUGUAAUGCCGGAAAACUCUGUCCAACAAGACAACGAUGACGAACCGUUGCUUGAUUCUACAAACCGAAAAGGAGAUCUCCUGAGAACCACUAGUGAUGAAGAUUGUAGUUCAUCUACUAAAACUGGUCCUCACGGGGACAAAUAUCUUAUUAGUUCAGCCAGAUGCUUUGGGGUGGAACUAACCCCAGAUAACAUUGCAGUUGCUAUGGUAUAUUUUGUUCAAGGUGUCUUAGGCCUUUCAGAUCUAGCUGUUAGCUUUUAUUUGAAAGAUGACCUACACCUAGACCCUGCGGAGACAGCUGUGAUAUCUGGUUUCUCAACAUUGCCAUGGCUUGUAAAGCCAUUAUAUGGAUUCGUCAGUGAUUCCUUCCCACUCUUUGGAUACCGGAGAAGGUCAUACUUGGUUGUAUCAGGACUUCUUGGAGCACUCUCAUGGUUUUUGAUGGCCACCUUUGUAGACGGCAAGUAUGGUGCUGCUUUAUGCAUACUUAUUGGUUCUCUUUCUGUUGCUUUCUCAGAUGUUGUUGUAGAUUCCAUGGUUGUUGAGCGGGCGCGUGGUGAGUCCCAAAGCAUGUCAGGAUCUCUUCAGUCACUUUGCUGGGGUUCUUCAGCAUGUGGUGGAAUUGUCAGUUCUUACUUUAGUGGCUCCCUUGUGGAUGUUUAUGGUGUGAGGUCCGUUUUUGGUGUAACAGCAUUACUUCCAUUGAUAACAUCUGCAGUAGCUCUACUUGUGAAAGAGGAGCCUGUAUAUGGCCCAGCAAGGGGUGUCUCUUUAGGCAAUGGCUUCUUUGAGAGUUCAAAAAGUAGCAUUUUCCAGUUAUGGGGAGCUAUUAAGCAGCCUAGUGUUUUUCUUCCCACGCUAUUUAUUUUCCUUUUCCAGGCGACACCACAGUCAGGUUCUGCUAUGUUUUUCUUCAUAACCAAUAAGCUAGGUUUCACUCCAGAAUUCUUGGGCCGCGUUAAGCUUGUUACUUCAAUUGCAUCACUUAUUGGUGUCGCGCUUUAUAACGGUUUCUUAAAGAAAGUUCCUUUAAGGAAAAUAUUCCUUGUGACGACUAUUAUUGGUUCAGCUCUUGGGAUGACCCAGGUUCUGCUGGUAACUGGAUUGAACCGGCAGUUUGGCAUUAGUGAUGAGUGGUUUUCAAUUGGGGAUUCCUUGAUCCUAUCUGUUCUUGGUCAGGCUUUUUUCAUGCCUGUUCUUGUAUUAGCCGCAAGAAUAUGUCCACUGGGAAUGGAGGCAACUUUCUUUGCAACACUUAUGUCCAUAGCCAAUGGGGGAACUACCCUUGGGGGCCUAAUUGGUGCAGGUCUAACUCACAUGUUUGGUGUCACCAAGAACAGAUUUGACAACUUGGCUCUCCUAGUAAUUGUCUGCAAUCUCAGCUCCUUGUUGCCUUUACCACUACUUGGCCUUCUUCCUCAAGAUGAACCUGAUUCAGAGGAGAAUACUGAUAUUGAGAUGACGCCGUAUUGAAUUCCUGCCUUCUCUGCAUUUACCAUGAUGCCGUAAAAUUACUCAUGUGGCCAUGGAUAUGUUGAUCGUUUUAACUUACUUUAACUGCAGCUUUUCGAGAUAACAGUAGGAAAGAAUUCACUCAUGUAACCAGAAAUGCUAAUAUGGAAUGACUAAGUAGACGUUUGGACAUGCGAUUUCAUCUCAUGAGAUGAAAUCAACGUUUGGACAUGCGAUUUCAUCUCAUGAGAUGAAAUCCCAAAUCAUUCAAAAAAGCAUGAUUCGGGAUUUGAAAUCAUGAUUUCAAAAAAUAUAAAUGUAAAAUUUGACCCAUACGUUUAUAUUUUGUAAAAAAAGACCCAUAAGUUGGUAGAUAUAUUGUUCGUAUCAUGUGGGAGGAUUAUAUUAAAGAGUAGUUGCAUUACUAUUCAUGUUAAAUUUUUCUUUUUAUUGAACUAAAGUUUGAUCAA